GGCCCCCCCCGGCCCGCCAUGGAGGACCUGGAUGCCCUGCUGUCUGACCUGGAGAACACCACCUCUCACAUCCCCGCCCGGCCAGGGGCACUACGCGAUCACCCUCCCGAGUCUCUGACUCCUCCCCCGCCCUAUAGCCACCAGCAGCAGCCGGGGCCGGGGGACCCAGCCUCUGGGCCUUCUGGGGAAAAGGAUCACCUGUACAGCACGGUGUGUAAGCCACGCUCCUCCAAAGCCCCGGCGUCCCCAGCCGCUCCCGCGCCCCCGUUCUCCUCCUCGAGUGGGGUGCUGGGGGCCGGGCUCUGCGAGCUGGACCGACUGCUGCAGGAGCUCAAUGCCACCCAGUUCAACAUCACAGAUGAGAUCAUGUCCCAGUUCCCCUCCAGCAAGGGGGCUGACAGGGAACAACGGAGGGAGGAGAAGGCGAAGGAGACAUCCGAGGAGAAGCCGGCCAGCCGACCCGCCGGCACCCCAGCCCCUCCCCAACCGAAACCUUCGGCCAACUCGGCCACUUCGGCCACCCUGGAGCUGGACAAACUGAUGGCCUCUCUGUCCGACUUCCGUGUCCAGAACCAUCUCCCGGCCCCCGGCCCGGCCCAGCAGCCCGUGCUGUCUUCGGUGACUCCGGCCCCCGCCCCGCCCCCACCCGCCGCCGCCAGCCCGGCCCCCACCGAGGCCGCCCCGGGAGCACCGGCGACGGCCGAGGGAAGUCUGGACAGCAUGCUCGUCCUGCUCCAGUCCGACCUGAGCCGCCAGGGCGUCCCCACGCAGGCCAAGGGGCUCUGCGGCUCCUGCAGCAAGCCCAUCGCCGGGCAGGUGGUGACGGCGCUGGGCCGUGCCUGGCACCCAGAACACUUCCUGUGUGGGGGCUGCAAUUCUGCCCUGGGCGGCAGCAGCUUCUUCGAGAAGGAUGGAGCUCCCUACUGCCCCGAGUGCUACUUCCAGCGCUUCUCCCCCCGCUGUGGCCUCUGCAACCAACCUAUCCGCCACAAAAUGGUCACCGCUCUGGACACCCACUGGCACCCGGAACAUUUCUGCUGUGUCAGUUGCGGGGAGCCAUUUGGAGACGAAGGCUUCCACGAGCGUGAGGGCCGCCCGUAUUGCCGCCGGGACUUCCUGCAGCUGUUCGCUCCGCGCUGCCAAGGGUGCGCAGGACCCAUCCUGGAGAACUACAUCUCGGCCCUCAGUGCGCUCUGGCACCCGGACUGCUUUGUCUGCAGGGAGUGCUUCGCGCCGUUCUCCGGCGGCAGCUUCUUCGAGCACGAGGGCCGACCCCUGUGCGAGAGCCACUUCCACGCCCGCCGGGGCUCCCUGUGCGCGGCCUGCGGGCUCCCGGUCACCGGCCGCUGCGUCUCCGCCCUGGGCCGCCGCUUCCACCCCGACCACUUCACCUGCACCUUCUGCCUGCGCCCACUCACCAAGGGCUCCUUCCAGGAGCGGGCCGACAAGCCCUACUGCCAUCCCUGCUUCCUCAAGCUCUUCGGCUGAGGCUUCGGCCGAGGCCCCGCCCUGCCCCGGCAGGUUCCUCCCCCCCACACCUUCACCCCUUCAUAAGUAGAAGCCAAACCCCCGAGACAAGCCUCACCGUGGCAGGAGCCCCUGAACCUCAGUAGCCCCACUCUUCUCGGGGACGACGGAUGGGAUGGAGGCCCCGUGGAGUUCAGGUCAGGGGGCUUCCGGGAGGGGCUUCGGGCCAGCACCGACACUCGCCUGUGCCCCGAGUCCCGGCCUCUUGCCUUGGGCCCCAUCCUCCGGGUCCCGAGCCCCAUCUUUUAUAUCUUGGACCCCAUCCUCAGUGCCCUGGACCUCAUCCUCUGGGUGCCGGUCUCUGUCCUCGGGGCCCUCGGCCCCAUCCGAUGUGCCUUGGGCCCCGUCCUCUGAGGACUAGGCCCCGUUCUCUGGGCCCCGGGCCCCGUCCUCUCUGCCCUGAGCUCCAUCCUCUGGGUGCUGGGCUCAGUCCUCUGUGACCUGGCUCCCGUUAUUUGGGCCCUAGGCCCCAUCUUCCGGGGGCUGGACUCCUUCGUCUGUGCUCCCGAUCCAGUUGUCUGGGCCCCGGGCCCUGUCCCGUGCCCCUUCCUCUGGAAACUGGGCUCCAUUCUCUGGAUGCUGGGCCCCAUUCUCUGGCCCUGGGCAAAGCCAAUUGGCUCAAUUUCUCUCCAGGGAGGGGCGGGGCCGGUCCUCUCCCCCUUAAAGGAAGGUGUCUUGGGGCAGAAUCCAGAGACGUCGCGAUCUCGCUGGGCAGAUGGGGAUGUCUGGAGCCAUCUUGACUUCCUGAAUCGUGGGGUGGGUGCUGCGGGAGAUGUUCUUCGGCUCUGGGAAAGGGCGCGCGGAGCUCACGUGUUUUGGGGGUCCCUGCCCCCUCACUGCUGUACUCACUAAGCUCUCAUAUAAAGACACAUUCCACAGAC